AGUGAUUCCUUCAGUCAGUCAGUCAUCACACAGACAGACAGACGGACAGGUCAGGACACUCCAUUGUUCUAGGAGUUGAUUUUCAUCAACCUCAUCAUUACCAAGAGAUUGUGAUUGAUAUGUCAGGCAUACAGACUACUCUGGUGACCCUGCUAUGGCUGUGGGGAUGGUGGCUGACCCCCGUUCUGCCCGCGUGCACCACGGGCCGGCCAGCAAGGUGCAAGGCUGCCAUGUCAGCUCCUGGUACCAACCUGGCGGGCGAGGGUUUCAACAUUGUCACCAUGGAGCGCAAGCAGGCCUAUGUUGUUGAUGUGGACAACUGGAAGACCCCAAAUGGAGCCUGUACCCUCUGUGUUAACCCUUUCAUGGAGGGCCAGACUCAGAGGCUGCCCGCAGCUGUGGUGGACUGGCGUCCCUUGCAUCAGUGUCACAUGAAGUUGUCCAGCAUUGUCUUCGACUCCAGCGAGUCGUUUGUGAGCAGCAGCCAGACAGAUGUGGACGGCAGUUGGCAGAUUGGUCUGGACGUUAAUAUCCCCAAUGCUAAUGGGUCGGCCAUGGUGGGGGGUACCCACUCCAGAGCUGCCAAGACGGUGAUGAGCCAGUCCAAGAAGGACAAGUACAGCUUCAUCAAACAGGAUAUACACUGCUCCUAUUACAGUUACCGCCUGAUAGAGGACCCUCCCCUGCACCCCGAGUUCUCUCGCUCCCUGGGCAUCCUGCCCCCCCUCUACACCGACCAGACCAAGGCUGACUACAAUCGUUUCCUCGCGACCUUCGGUACCCACUAUAUCCGGAAGGUUAAACUGGGGGGGCGGGUGAAGGGCGUCACCUCACUGCGCGUGUGCAAGGCGGCCGUCAAUGGUUACAACGAGAACGAGAUCAAGGACUGCCUGGAGGCCGAGGCCUCUGUCGCCACCAACUGCGGAACAGCCGAAGCCAAUGCAGAGACAAAGUUCUGCAAGAGUGACCUCAAAAAACGUAACACCAGUGACACCUUCAGCAGUACCUUCAACGAGAGGUUUACCGAGGUGGUGGGGGGACAGACGGACGGAACGCCCGACCUGCUCUUCUCCAAGAUUGGUGAAAACUCCAAGGCCUUCGCUGAUUGGGCAAGUAGCCUGAAAACCAUACCUGAUAUCAUCAACUACUCUCUCCAUCCUCUCCACCUAUUGGUGAAAAAGGCCAGCAAGAGGGCGGGGCUGAAGAAGGCCGUCGAGGACUACAUCCUGAAACACGCCCUGUUCAAGCACUGCUCUGGGAAGUGCAAGGGAAGCUCCAGGUCCAGUACCCAUGACUCCUGUCAGUGUGUGUGCCAGACCAGUAAGGAGAUGACCAGCCAAUGCUGCCCACAGGAGAAGGGCUUGGCUCACCUUACCGUCACCGUGAAGAAAGCCAGGGACCUCUGGGGAGACACCACCUCCCAGACCGACGGCUUUGUCAAGGUGCUCAUGGGAAAAGACGUCAAGCAGACCAGGGUGAUCCAUAACAACGACAACCCCAUGUGGAAGGAGGUCUUCAAAUUUGGGACAGUCAAGCUCUCCCUGGCCAGCGAGCUCAAGUUCACUGUAUACGAUGAAGACAAUUGGUCGAACGAACUCCUGGGGGAAUGCAAAGUACAGCCCGUCAAAGCUGGGAUUCACGACGAUAUGUGUCCCAUGAGUCACGGCAGCCUGUUCUACUCCUACAAGGUCGACUGCGCCCCAGGGCUUCGGGGCCACACCUGUGGGGAGUACGCCCCUUCCGGGAUGAACUCUGACCUCUCUUACCUCUAUACCUCCCGCAACGCCCUGAACAUGACUCAGGAACUGCUGGCUCACAUCCGGAUGGGCCAGCCCCUAGGAGACCCUUUGACCUUCUUGGUGAAGCAGAGGGAUAAUGAUCACCCUGCCCUCAGUGACCCGUGAUCAAAAUACAGUGCCUUGCGAAAGUAUUCAGCCCCCUUGAACUUUGCGACCUUUUGCCACAUUUCAGGCUUCAAACAUAAAGAUAUAAAACUGUAUUUUUUUGUGAAGAAUCAACAACAAGUGGGACACAAUCAUGAAGUGGAACGACAUUUAUUGGAUAUUUCAAACUUUUUUAACAACUCAAAAACUGAAAAAUUGGGCGUGCAAAAUUAUUCAGCCCCCUUAAGUUAAUACUUUGUAGCGCCACCUUUUGCUGCGAUUACAGAUGUAAGUCGCUUGGGGUAUGUCUCUAUCAGUUUUGCAC